GCAACGAAUAAGAAAAGAAGAGAAACAUCAAACAUCUUUGGUUUGCUUCCCUCGUACCCGUUCUUCAUACAAGCACGCCUUUAAUUAUGGAUUGUCAUAGAAAGACGUUCUUGUUGAAGUUUUUGUGCGUGGCAUUUCUGUUAAACUACAGCAAUGUUGGCUUUGUAGACGCAGCAACAAACAUUGGCUUGAACUACGGCCUCCUUGGAGACAACCUCCCGCCUCCAUCUGAAGUUAUCAACCUCUACAAGUCCUUAAGUGUUACCAAUAUUCGGAUCUUCGACACAACUACGGAUGUCCUUAACGCCUUUCGAGGGAAUCGCAAUAUCGGAGUUAUGGUAGACGUGAAGAACCAAGACUUAGAGGCUCUUUCGGUCAGCGAAGAAGCUGUUAACACCUGGUUCGUGACCAACAUUGAGCCUUACUUAGCUGAUGUCAACAUCACGUUCAUUGCUGUCGGGAACGAAGUCAUCCCAGGGGAAAUCGGCUCUUAUGUGCUACCCGUCAUGAAAUCUCUCACCAACAUUGUCAAGUCGAGGAGUCUCCCGAUCUUGAUCAGCACCACGGUGGCUAUGACCAACCUUGGCCAGUCAUAUCCACCUUCGGCCGGAGAUUUCAUGCCUCAAGCACGUGAACAACUUACCCCGGUGCUGAAGUUUUUGUCUCAAACAAAUACGCCUAUCCUCGUCAACAUCUACCCCUACUUCGCAUAUGCUGCUGAUCCUAUCAACAUUCAGCUCGACUAUGCCAUCUUCAACACCAACAAGGUCGUGGUCCAAGACGGGCCACUUGGUUAUACAAACAUGUUCGAUGUGAUAUUUGAUGCGUUCGUAUGGGCAAUGGAGAAAGAAGGUGUGAAGGAUUUACCAAUGGUGGUAACAGAAACUGGAUGGCCAUCUGCUGGUAACGGAAACUUAACGACUCCAGAUAUCGCAUCUAUAUACAAUACCAAUUUUGUUAAACAUGUGGAAAGCGGUAAAGGGACGCCAAAGAGACCAAAGAGUGGCAUUAGUGGAUUUCUAUUUGCGACGUUCAAUGAGAAUCAAAAGCCAGCGGGAACCGAACAAAAUUUUGGGUUAUAUAAUCCAACAGAUAUGAAGCCCAUCUACAAGAUGUUUUGAUUUUUAGAUUCUUGAUUUUAUAGACUAUCCCAAAUCAUUAGUAAAUUAAUGAUGCUCUAAUAGUUGUAAUAGAGCGGGAUAAAAUCAAGAUCUACAACAACAUUCAUUUUAUAUGUUGUAUGAUCUUCUUAAAUAAAAAAACUUAAGAAGCAGAACUCUAGCACCAGAAAAGAUAACAUCUUAUUAGCUAUGGACAAGUAAAUUGGCACAAUUUUUUCAUUUUUUUUUUAAAUUGGCACAAUUUGGUAGUCUACAACAAAUAUUACUAAUUAUUGUUUUUGA